GUGUAGUUGCUCUUCCGGAUUAGUUUUGUGUUCAGUAAUUCUGUAGUUUUCACGUCCGCAUAAUGGGUUAUCUAUGAUGUAGAUGAUUAAUAUCUUUUCAGUUUAAUAUAAUCUAGAUUACUUUGUAUUGUAAUAGUACAGUUAAUACGAUUUAACGGUGUAAACGCAAAUGUAAGUCAGGCAUAAUGGCUGCUGUUGACAGUUUUUAUCUUCUGUAUCGGGAAAUUGGCCGCUCUUGUAAUUGUUACGUUGAAACACUGGCUUUGGUGGGUGCCGUUUACACUGUUAGUAAAAGCAUUGCGAUGGUGAGGGACUGUUACAUCCUGGCCAGGUUACACUUCAUACCAAGACUAAUCAGCAGGACUGAUUUUGUUACAUUGUACGGAAAAUGGGCUGUAAUCAGUGGUUCUGUAGAUGGCAUUGGCCAGGCCUAUGCUGAGGAGCUGGCAAGGCAAGGCGUCAACAUUAUCCUAGUCAGCCAGAACAGGUUUGAGCUGGAGAGCGCUGCCAAGGCUAUAGCGGAGGCUUACAGAGUCGAGACAGAUAUCAUUGAGGCUGACUUCAGCAAAGGGCGGGAGAUUUACAAGUUCAUUAAGGAGUCUCUGAAGGAUAAAGAGAUAGGAAUUUUAGUAAACAAUGUAAGAGUAUCCUGUGAAUCCCCACAGUACUUUACUGAAGUGCCUGAAGAGAAACUCUGGGACAUUAUCAACACAAACAUUGCAGCUGCAAGUAUAAUGGCACAUAUUGUACUGCCAGGGAUGGUAGAGAGGAAGAAAGGUGCUGUUGUAAACAUCUCUUCAGGGACCUGUUGUAAACCCACACCAAAGAUGACUGCUUAUUCUGCUACCAAGGCAUAUUUAGACCAUUUCAGCCGAUCAUUACACUACGAAUAUGCCUCAAAAGGAAUCUUUGUACAGAGUUUGCUCCCUUUUUCCAUAGCUUCUCAAAUGUCAACUUACACUGGCAGAAUGAGGAACAAUUCCUGGCUGGUUCCUGCCCCUCAGGUUUAUGCUCGUCAUGCAGUCUCUACCUUAGGAAUAUCCCACAGGACCACUGGAUACUGGCCACACUCUAUUCAGUUGUGGUUUGCCCAGUACAUGCCUGAAUGGAUGUGGGUAUGGGGAUCAAACAUGUUCAACAGUCCCUUAUCUCAAACAACAUGAUCCAGAAGUGGUUAUCAUUGCACACAGGGAUCACUGCCUGCUGUGCCCCUAUAUCAACCGAUGAAUUUGAAAACCAUUAGAAGAUGCUUAAAAUAAAUGUUACAAAUCAAGCAAAUAUAAAGUCAUGUAAAUUGGUAUUUUGUCCAGCAAUGUUGUAGGCUCAAUACGGUCUGUCUUGUUUUCAAAUAGCAGUAAAGCCUAUUGGUGUAAGUUUAAUGGUAUUUCAUUUUGUGUGGCAGUGAAAACAGUGUUAAUAAACUUCUUAAAACGAAAGCUUUAAAACCUGACAUUAGUAUCAACUCUCCUCUAUCAUUGUGCUGCAUAUUUGUUCUUCGAUGCGUGUGUGUAUUUCAUUUUGGAUAUGCAGAUUUCUGAAAUGCCAGUUUACUUUUAGUAAAAGUUUUUAGCUAGGAAACAUUUGUUUUUUGCUUCUUUUUUUGUUUAUGUUUAUGUAUUGACAACUGUACAGAAAGAAACUGGCUGUAGACAUUGUUUCUUAGAAAAUCUGCUUUAAUGUAUUGGGCUUAACAGAGCAGUGUCGCAAACUGCAUACAAAGAAGUAUUUCUGGGAAGCCAGAAGAUUCUUGUAGGUUAGAAUGGACAUUAUUAAUUCGAUAAGUAGUUAAGGUAUAUAUUUUUUUGUGGUAAUGAAUGUUAAAGGAGUACUCUAGAUGAAGCACAUAUUUGGAAUUAUCCCAAUUGCACACACAAUUGUUUCCAGCUGCUAACCAGAAGUGAAGUUGCAUGCAUUAGCCUGUGGAAAAUGAGUCCAUAUUAGGUUUGAUGCAAUGUGCAUUUUAUCAAUUCCCAUAUUCAGCCACAAAUGUAAUUGUGUUACUUAUAAUGACAUUAUUAUGGUAUAGUAUAUGGACUAGUAUUUGUAUACAGUACCUUAGAAAAUGUGACUAAUAUUAUGUAUAAGUAUGACCUAUCUUUAUCAUUUAUGUAAUUCUAUACAGUUAUGCUUUUGUGUCCCCCAGGUAAUCACAAAACAAUGUAAUAAUUUUAAUAAAGUAUACAAUGGUGA